UUGCUUUAAGGUAGUAUUUUUUUGUUACAAAAUGUAAUCUCAGAAAUCGUACACAAUUUAGUUCCGAUUAUUUGGAUACAAUUAUUAUAUAAAUAUCUUUCUUCAUCUCUUCUUCUUCACACUAUUCUUUUCCUCUCCUCUCUUUUUCCUUUCUAUAAGCAACUAAUAUUAUGACAUUCACUCCUAUUGAAGAUAUCCCUGGCAUUGUUGGCUCGCUUCGUAAGCAGUUUGACACUGGUCUGACAAAGGAUAUCAAGUUUCGUAAGCAACAAUUAUCCAAUUUAGCUCGAUUCUGUCUUGAGAACGCAGAAGCUCUGCUCGAUGCUGUCUAUAAGGAUUUGCGUAAACACAGAAUUGAAGCUGAUAUUGGUGAAAUCUCUCCUGUGGUCGACGAGUGCGAAUACAUGAUCAAGCACCUUGAUCAAUGGGUGAAACCCACUCACACUAGCAAGCGAUCUUUGUUUAGUGCAUCAACAAAGACCUAUAUUCGAAAGGAUCCCAAGGGUGUUGCUCUUGUUAUUGGUGCAUGGAAUUAUCCUGUCAACUUGCUCUUAAUGCCUGUUGUUGGUGCUAUUGCAGCCGGUAAUUGUGUUGUUAUCAAACCAUCUGAAGUCUCUGAGCACACUGCCAAAGCAAUUGCUACUCUCUUGCCCAAGUAUUUAGAUGCUCGUGCUUACGCUGUUGUUUCUGGUGGAAUCCCUGAGACAACUGCUCUUUUAGAACAACGUUUUGAUCACAUCUUUUACACUGGUAAUGGUCAAGUUGGCAAGAUCAUCAUGACUGCUGCUGCUAAGCAUUUGACAUCUGUCACUCUCGAAUUGGGUGGUAAAUCACCUGUCUUCGUUACAUCCAAAGCUGAUUUGAAGGUUACUGCUCAUCGACUAAUGUGGGGUAAAUACUUCAAUGUCGGUCAGACAUGUGUUGCGCCUGAUUAUGUCUUGGUCACAGAAGACUUGGUUGAGAAGUUUAUCCAGGCUUGCCGUGAUGUUCUUGAUGAAUUUUAUGGUCAAAAUAUUCAAAAAUCAAAUUCUUAUGGUCGUAUUAUCAAUCAUCGUCAAUUCGAUCGCUUAAAGGGAAUGCUCGAUAAGUGCGAUCCCAAGACGAUUGUGAUUGGUGGACAGACGGAUCGUGAAGAUCUCUUUAUUGCUCCUACUCUUGUCUGUCCAGUAAACCCGGAUGAUCCUAACCUUAUGCAGCAAGAAAUCUUUGGUCCCAUUCUUCCUAUUGUACCUAUUAAAGAUGUUGAAGAAGGCAUUCAAAUUGUGAAUUCUAGAGAUUAUCCUCUUGCUCUUUACAUCUUUACAAGUGAUAAAAAGGAAUACAACUAUAUCCUUGAUAGAACCAACUCAGGCGGUGUCUUAGUCAAUGAUAUUCUCAUGCAUCUUCAAGAACUUUCUUUACCUUUCGGAGGCAUUGGUCCUUCUGGUUCUGGAAGUUAUCAUGGUGAAAAGUCCUUCUUGACUUUUACUCAUGAAAGGUCAACCAUGGUAAAGGAUUAUGGUAUGGAAUCUGUCACUGCUAUUCGAUACCCUCCUUAUAAUGAUGACAAGGUAACUAUUCUCAAUGCCUUUGUUUAUUCUAUGCCUCCCACUGUUGGUGGAAAGAUCAAGUUUAUCAGCAACUUUUGUGGUGCAUUUUUGAAUUAUUUUUUCAAAAAGUCUCCUGUUUCUCAAAACGAUAGCAAAUUAUAAAAGAAUUUUUUUCUUUCUUUCCCUUUUUUUAUUAUUAUUAUUUAUUAUGUCUCCUACAAAUACUUUAUUUUCAACAGAUUCAACAGAAAAGAAUAAAGAAAGAAGGGAAUUAGCCGCUCAUUUAGCAACACAUGAUACUUGUCUUUGGACUGAUGAAGAUGUUACUUUGUUAUUACUUGAGUUAGAAAUUGAAAUAGGAGAAGGCACAAAUAGGUUUAUAUACGAUGACGAACGAAUGUCCUAUUGCAAUUAUCUC